AUGAAACGUUUUAUUCGCGGUAAGCCAACUUCCAUCAAUUCGGCCAGCCUGUCUGUCACCCACUUCCUACUAGGAAUUUCGUCCACAACAGUUGAAACAAGCAUCAUAUGCAUCAGUUUACUAGCACCUCAGAAUAAAGGAAAUUGGAAAACCUAA